AUGGGCGAGGCAAAUUCAGAAGAAACAACAAAUAAUAACGGAAAUGCUAAUAAUAACGACGAUGGAGGUGAAUCAGAUUCAAUACAAGUUGUUCAAAGAGAUGCAGUAACAAAUAUACCCACCCUAACUGAUAUUCAUGAUUUGGAUAAACUUCAAGAAGAUGAUACAGAUACUGCUUUACAGCAAGAAAUGAUGAGAAACAUCGAUACAACUGAGGCAAAUACAAGGUAUGGCAAGAUUUUUGAUGACUCUACUGACACAGUGUUGGAAAACCCAGAGGAUAACAUCACAGAGUUAUCUUUACCUGCUGACACUUUCACAGAAAUGCAAAAUGACGAACAUAGUAAAAAGGAAUCUAACAUUAAUAAAGAAGGUAUAAAUCAAACCGAUGCCCAUGAUGAAAAAAGUCAAGCAGAUAAUGUUAAUGCUGAAAAUAAUGAUUGGAGAAGUGCAGAGAAAUCUGAUGCCUCAGGAGAGAAAUUUUCAAAUGAAGGAAAUGUACCGCGUGCAGAAACUAGUAUCGAAGGUGACCUUGAAGAGCUUAGCACAGAAGGACAUUUAGAUAAGAAAGUUAGUGGAAGUUUUGAGUUACCAGAGCAAAGGCAGCCUGAAAGACGUGCACAAUUUGGUGGAAGGUUCAUGCAUGCUCAAAACUACGUAGCGCACGAUGAUCAUACAUCAAUUUUGGAACCAGGCCCUAUGAGAAGAUUCGGUGAUGUAUCAGUACCUCAGUACCGACCCGUCUUGACUAGAAGUGGAAUCGUUUUCUCCCCGUCUCUCAAUCAACAGAAAUUCACCGCAAUAAAUGGAUCUCACGACGUGGACAUCUUGGGUGCAUUACAACAGAUGUCCAAAGACACUGGCAUAGUCUUACUGACACGAAGCGAUCCAUUCAUAUCUAACGCAUCAAUACUUCUGACAGAUGACGAGAGUGGUUACGAACAGCUAAAAGCAGACGCCGAUGAUGAUUUCGCAGAAGUAGAAGAGAAUACGGAUCCAAUGGAUAAAGAUCCAAAAAUAAAGAAUAUACUUAGGUGGCGGCCUACAAGAAAGCCCUAUAAAGGAAAUUAUCACGAAAAAGUAGAGGCUCAGGUUGCACUCGAGAAAGAACAAAGAAAUACGCUCCGAGCUCGGCAACUCAAUGAAGAAAGAAUAGCUUACGUGAUGGACCUUCUAAAAGACAAUUUUUGGAUGGCUGUAUAUAUGUAUGGGGAAGUACGAAGAAUUCUCACGAAACGCGUUGUAGUCGAUGAUAUAAGACAAAUGAUUAUGUUUUUAGAACAAGAAGGGAAUGAGGAAAUGAAAGAGAAAGUACUAAAAUGUUAUAGAAAGGAGAGGUACGUUUUUCAAGAUAACAGCUGGGACAAGAAAGCUAACAAUUUGCUUGUUCAAGUUCUUAAGGAUCCGCUUAAUGAUAACGUUGUUGCGUAG